ACUCUGCGUCAGGAGAGACUUAAAAAUUGCAAUUUGGAGAAAGCUGCAAAACUCAGGCAAUUAAAGUUAACUUCUGUAAAGAAAAAUACAGAAAAAAGCUCCUCUAAAGUAAACAUGAAGUCCACACAAGAAACUCAAACAGUGCUAGAGCAUAAUAAUAAAAAAGCACAUGAAACUAACGAGCAAAUGCCACAGUCUAAAGAGGUUGAUGUUUCGCUUCGUGAGUCCUCUGCCGAGGACAUAUUGAAGAGUAAUGAGAUUUCAAAUUCGAGUAGUAUAACGAUGGCUACGUCUGAUGUAUCUGAAAAUGAAACGGAGGAACGAACUAAAGUAAAACGCAAAAACAUAACAAUCGACUUGGUAUCUAUUGGCGACGGGAACGCCAAAGUGCCAUCUAGGCUUCUGGAUAGGCUGAACUGGAGUUCCUACACCAAUGUGACUAGAAAGCUCCUCACCGCCGUAUUUUCUCGCAAUGUCCUCGCCACGCAUUCGCUGACUGGCAGACCUUCUCCUGCCUUUCCUGAUAAGCCGGCGAAGAAAAAACUUAACUCGGCGAUUGUCAACGACAUCGUACAAACCGUUGUUCAGAGAUGUAAAGUUUCAGAAAGACUUGUUAGGGUCAGCAUUACGACCAAAUGCGCUGAUGAAGCUAAAAUGCUUCGCAAUAGAAAUCUGCUGAACAAACGACGAGUCUCGAAGCUGGAAAAUACCCCGCCAUCCGACUCUGACAGCCCUUGAGAGAAACGUUGUCUUUGCUAAGGUCCUUUCAUCUUUAUUCUCCAGGUCGUGGAAUGACACCUACACAACAUCUGAGUACUCGUUGAAUAAAC